AUGUCAAUUGAUAUACUACCACAAACACCGCCACCGACAAGCGCCAAAGAGAGGGUUUCCUCGUACACAUCAUCCUCAUUCGUCGACGAUAAUGAUUCAACAACCAAACAGCCAGAGGUGAAUCCUCUUUAUAUCAACCACCAGCCUACAGUGGUAUCGGAUAAUAAAACACAGCCCACUGCCGUCAUUCUAAAGAAGGUCAUCAAGAAGCCACCUCCAUUGUUUAUCGAUAUACAACAAGAUGCACAAAAUAAUACCCCUUUGAAACGUACGUUAAAAUCCCCUUCUUCCCCAGUUAGACUCAUGGACUUGGGGCAUUUGGAUAAUGAUGAAGAACAUGUAUUGGAAGAAGAGAUCAAGGCAAGGCGGCUGGCUAGACGACAAAAGACAUAUGCAGAUGACAGAGACGAGGAUGAACAAGAUGAUACUGUUAUCGCUAUUGGGACAAGAGUAGCAGAGGGACAUCGCAACUACCAAAUGAUGUAUGAUAUGCUGACUGGUAUUCGCAUUGCAGUGGGUCGAGUAUCAGCAAAGAUUGCAAGGCCGUUGACCCUGGAUGACUUUACUGCAGCACACAAAUUGGUCUUUGACAUUACAGGAAACGAAUUAACGCCUGGUGUAAAGUAUGAUUUCAAAUUCAAGGAUUAUGCGCCAUGGGUAUUUAGAAAUUUGAGAGAAAAGUUUCAUGUGGAUGCAGCAGAUUACAUGAUGUCGCUCACCAACAAGUAUAUCCUCAGCGAAAUUGGCUCCCCCGGAAAGAGCGGCAGCUUCUUUUACUAUUCAAGAGAUUAUCGAUUCAUCAUCAAGACCAUUCACCAUGGAGAGCACAAGUUUAUGAGGAAAAUACUGAAAGAAUACUAUGAGCACGUUGCCAAUAAUCCCAACACGCUACUGUGUAGAUUCUAUGGCCUGCAUCGCAUUAAAUUGCCUAGAGGCCGCAAAAUCCAUUUCGUCGUCAUGGGCAAUGUGUUGCCAUCCAACAAGGAUAUUCACAAGACAUUUGAUUUGAAGGGAUCGCUGUUUGGCCGUCUCACAUCAGACGAGGAAGUAGGAAAGAACCCACACGCAGUGAUGAAGGAUCAGAAUUGGGUCAAGAACAACGAGCAAAUUCAAUUGGGGUCAGCAAAACGAGCCCUUUUUUUGACACAGCUGGAGAGAGAUGUGGAAAUUUUGAAGCGAUUGAACAUUAUGGAUUACAGCUUGCUAGUGGGGAUACACGACAUUAAAAAGGGCAAUACGGAAUGUAUUCGAGAUCAAAGCCUACAUAUGGUCACGCCCAGAACUGAUAAAAUGGAGAGACGAUCAUCUACCGUGAAACGCACUAAAACUGAAAAGGCAGAGAUCGUAAGGAAAGCGCUGAGAAAUGCCAAUCCAGUUCAUAUUGAUACGUCAGAAUUACCUGCUAGCCCUUCUGAAGAACGUCGAUGGUGCAUAUUUUAUGCUGACGAUGGAGGCUUUAGAUCGAGCGAUGAAGAAGAUAGACCCUCGGACAAAUUAUACUAUGUUGGCAUUAUCGACAUUUUAACACCUUACAACAUUGUCAAACGAUCAGAACACAUUUGGAAGAGCAUCACGCAAGACAAGGACACCAUCUCUUCUGUACAUCCAUUUGUAUAUGGAAAACGAUUCAUGGAUUUCAUGAUCAAAGCCGUCAGCGGUACAUUCAAUUCGUCACUAUCAAUUAAUAGAAUUCAAGACAGCAAAAAGAACAAUUAG